AUGUUUACCCGGUGGAAAGAACUAAGCUUGAUACAGAAGAUGAACAGUAUAUUGCUCAGUGCUGGACAUGCUACUGAAAGGGUAUUUAAUGUAUCACAAUUAACUCUGCUUUCAUGUGCAUUAUUUCAGCCAUACUGGGGCUUUGACGAGCAUUAUCCUUUAUUUUUGAUUGGUUAAAUUUUAUCCGUAGUGAAUCUUGCCAAAGACAAAUGCAGAUCUGGUAAUUUGUAUUUUAUUAUUCUGCAGACAAUAAAGAGGCUUAACAAAUGGAGGAGAAGAUUCCAAUCAUGCAAAUGACUUAAAAAUGGAACACCUGGUUGGAGACAACAAGGUCUCUCUUAGGGGACUGUGUGGAAACAAAACGCUGAAGGCUGCCCAAAGAUGUUCUGCUGCAGCAUAUAGUCUUAAAGAAUGUUGCACCCAGUAUGAUUAUGAGUGUGGCAUACACCCAGAGUCAACCAAGCACACUCAUGCUUGUACCACGCAAUUAAGAUGUCAAAGUAAUGUUAACUAUCGUGCAACAGGCUAAACCUUUUCAGUACCAAAAAUGUAGAACACUUCAUUCAUUUCCAAAUGUAACAAAGAGUCCUCUUGACCAGUUGGAUGUAGCACUGCGUAACACCUGGCUGACAAACCACAAGCACAAGCUUUUUUCUGGUAUCCAUGACUGCAACGAGGAAGACAAUGAUGAGGAAUAG